AUGUCACUAAACUACAUAAAACAACUAGCGUACGAGCUUUCUCAUAGACCGCAAUGGCUGGUGUUAAUAGAAACGGGCCUGUUCAUCAUCAUCGCAUUGUCAUUUCUAGUGGGAAAUUCAUGCGUUUUGUAUGUGUUCUACAAAACUUCCAGCCUUCGUAAUCGUGGCACAACUUACUACCUUAUGGCCCUGGCCAUUUCAGAUAUACUAAUGUCAUUGCUGGUAAUGCCUCCUAAUACUUUGUGUUGUGCUUAUGGAGGAGAUGUUACAGGCUACAACCUUGGACAAGCCGUUGGUUUUGUAGGAUUCGUAUUGCUCUAUGGCUCACUACAGACCACAACUCUCAUUUCCAUAAACCGAUUCUUUUGUGUUGUGAAACCUCGGUUAUAUAGGAAGUAUUUCACCAAAAAGUACAUUUUGUUAAGCAUUGGAGCCGUUUGGGUGAUUUCUUUGCUUUUUGUUGGUGUUUUUGUUGUUAGUGGAGUCGCAUCGUUUGUUUUUCAUCCAGGUAACAUGCUGUAUUUCCUGACAGCAAAAGACCAAACAGCAAAUCGUCUUUUCGCUGCGUUUUCUCAGAUUUCUUUUGGAGUAAUUCCCUUAUCUAUAACAUGCGUGUGCUAUUGGAAAGUUCACAAGGCGGUUGAAGAGCACCGAAAGGCCCUUUCACGUAAUUUAGAUACCAAUUAUUUGUCCAAAGAAGAGGUUCACAUCACAAAAUCAGUAUUAGCGCUAGUAUGUGGAUUCGCCGUGUGCUGGAUCCCAUGUUCAAUGGUUCAUCAUAUCUCUGUAUAUGCCAACAUACCACGCCAAGUUCAAAUGGUUAUUCCUUACACUGCUUACUUUAGCAGUGCUAUAAACCCCAUUGUGUACAAUAUAUUCAACAAGCCAUUCAGAAGGCACUUCUUUCAAGUGUUCAGACGUUCGCAUAGAGUUGGAGAUUCGACGACGCAAAGUAGUUUUGGGAUGAAUCAAAUGAGAGAAACGAAAUCUUGA